UGACAACGAGGAUGGACGUGUGUGUGGACGUUACGUUGCAAAAGCCGGUUCAGCGAAGAGCAAAUGGGUCGGCGGGUGCACGUUACCGGUUACUGGGUUUUCAGGGUGUCCUCAUCGCUUAGUGUAGCCCUUCAUUUAAGACGCGUUUAGUUUGAACCCAGGAGGAUUUAUAACGCAAUCGCUGAUAUUGGUUUAGUCAAAAGUGAACGGUAUUGAUCACCUUUCACUAUGACCACGACGGAGGCCACCACUGCAAAUUCAAAGGGAGCCUCGGGUGGGCAAGACUAUGCUCUGACACCUUUACAUCAAAGCAAAAUGAUCACCGCGAGCAGCGUGCACGCGCUGACGCAGAGACCCACGUGGAGUGGGCGGCUGGACUUCAUCCUGGCCACGGUGGGGUAUGCGGUGGGAUUGGGCAAUGUGUGGAGGUUCCCCUACCUGUGCUACAGCAGCGGUGGAGGUGCUUUCAUGGUCCCUUAUCUCACCAUGGUGCUCCUGUGUGGCAUUCCUCUGCUCUUCAUGGAGUUUUCUAUCGGGCAAUACACUCGCUUAGGGCCAGUGCAUGCUCUUGCCAAAAUCUGUCCCUUGUUAAAAGGUGUUGGUGUGGCCACAGUUGUCAUCUCCUUUGUGUUCUCCACAUACUACAAUGUGCUCAUGAGCUGGGCCCUUUACUAUUUCUUCAACUCGUUCGGCGCGACCCUCCCCUGGACGUCGUGCAACAACACAUGGAAUGAAGUCGGUAACUGUUCCAGCGGUUUCCCGGGCAACAGCACCCACCUGCAGUCGGCCAGUCAACAGUUCUUCGAUCACAGACUUCUGGAGAAAACCAAAGGCAUUGAAGAGUCUGGUGGCAUUCGCUGGGAACUCUUCGGCUAUCUAAUUCUUUCCUGGGUCAUCGUAUAUUUCUGCAUAUUUAAAGGAGUCAAAUCAACUGGCAAGGUUGUGUAUUUCACUGCUGUAUUUCCAUACUUCAUCCUGAUCGCCUUGCUCAUUAAUAACGCGCAGCUUCCGGGAGCCAAGGAUGGUAUCCUCUACUUUGUAACACCUGUUUGGGGCAAACUGUUUGAAGUGAAGGUCUGGGUUAAUGCUGCUGCCCAGGUGUUUAACUCCGCCGGAAUAGCAUUUGGCUCCAUGAUUUCGAUGGCGAGUUACAACAAAUUCAACAACAACAUUCUCAGGGACGCUUUAAUUGUGUCAUUCACCAACUCCUUCACUAGUAUCCUGGCUGGCUUUGUGAUCUUCUCAGCUAUUGGCUACAUGGCUCAUGUACACAACCUCCCAGUGGAAAACAUAGCAACAGAUGGUCCUGGUUUGGUGUUCGUUGUGUACCCAGAAGUCCUCUCCACCAUGCCUGUCUUUCAGCUGUGGGCCCCUCUGUUCUUCUUUAUGCUUCUCUGUCUGGGACUGGACAGCCAGUUCGCUACAGUUGAGGUGGCAAUAACCUUCAUAAAAGAUGAGUUUGGGCCCCAAGUUCUGCGCUUCUUAAAGAGAGAGGAGCUGCUCACCAUGGUCAUGUGCAUCAUUGGCUUCAUCCUGGGAAUUCCUCAUGUAACCAAGGGAGGCAUCUAUGUGUUUCAACUGAUGGACCACUACACUGCUGUGGUCUCACUUGUGUUCCUGGCUUUCUUCGAAGUUGUUGCUGUAUGCUGGAUCUUUGGUGUUCCACGGCUUUCCUUCAUGGUCAAGAGGAUGCAAGGAAAAAAUCCAAACAUCUAUUUUCGAGUGUGUUGGCUGCUUCUCUCUCCUCUAUUGGUGCUGUGCAUACUGAUCUCCAGCAUCGUCUACUACACCCCCGCUCACUACGGGGAGUACUCGUACCCAGGCUGGGCCGAAGGUGUGGGCUGGUGCGUCUCCCUGGUCUCCAUCGUCUGGAUCCCACUCGGAGCCAUUCAAGAGAUCAAUAGACACAAAGGAUCACUUCUCCUGAGACUUAAAACAGCCAUGAUUCCCACAAUCGACCUGAAUGCUGACGGGUCUCUGCCGGAUCAAAACCUAGAGAACCCAGCGCUGGAAACCAUGUUGACUUUAGUGGCCUGACAAGUUGUGAGUCUCCUGUGAAAGGGUUCAAAUC